GAUGCAAUAGCUGCAUGAUAGAAGAACGAUUUGGGAGUUUUUGAUGGAAACAAGUAACGGAAAUCAGGGAUUGUAGACUUCGAAUCAAGUCACGACACAAACAAAUGGCUUCAUCUGUGAUUUUAGCUGGAAUUGGCCUUGCUGCUGUAGGUUAUCUAGGGAGAUUAGCUCUACAGACAGGAAGACUUGUACAGCAGAAUGCCUCAAAGAUGCCCAAGUUUAAUUUUAACACUUAUUACAAAGGAGGAUUUGAACCAAAGAUGUCAAAGAGAGAGGCGAGUUUGAUUCUUGGAGUAAGUGCCUCGGCAUCAAAAUCCAGAGUUAGGGAUGCUCACAGAAAGAUCAUGCUUUUAAACCAUCCUGACAGAGGGGGAUCCCCAUACCUUGCAACCAAGAUCAAUGAAGCAAAGGACUACCUCGAGAGCCAGGGCAAGAAGUUAUGAUAACACCAGGAAGUUAGGACUACCAGAGCCAUAAGCUCCUUGAACAUUAUUGACAUGGACAUUGUGUGGUAAAUUGAUCAAUGCGCAUCUGCAGAGACUUUGAACUUGAGUGAUCGGUGUUCAGUCACCUCAGUGUCCUCCAUGAAUUCAGUGAGAUUUUU